UGCUUGUGUUUUGGAACGGAUCCAUGCAAGACUUUGCUCUUGAGACUUGCGCAGGCUCGUGUUUUCUACACAAGAUGAAGCGCAUUUUCACGUGCGUCAGUAAGAGCACGUGCAAGCGGUUGUGCGCAAUUAUCUAAAAUUGAGUCGGUGCAAGAUGACUCGAUACCGGGAAUGGUACCCCAACCUGUCUGUGAUAACACGGGUUUGCGAGAGUUCUUCAGAUCCCAGUGGCUCUGCUGUAGUUAGAGAGGUGUGGAGCACUGAAAGCUCUUUCACAGAUCAUGACGGCCGCUGGUUGGGGGUGCGUCGAGGUUGGGGGUCCAUCAAGGCUCGUCUACACAGUGAUACAGUUCGCUUGCAGCAUCGAGGUGCAGCCCCGGUACCCCGCAGCAGGUUUCAGGGCGGCAGUGUUGAUGUGUCUGUGAUGGCUAGUCAGAAUGGGAAGUCCCAACACAGAUUUAUUCCAUAUGGCCGUUCUAGUCAGAGAGGAGAGGGGGGGAUGGACAAGAUUGGAGGGGGAAACGCGCACAGAUUCGGAGCAGAAGAUGCAGAGAGAGGAGGGGAAAAUUGGUUUAAAAUUACAGUAAGAGUUAAACUAUUCCUGUUAAAACUUUUGUUGUGUUUGAAUCUGAGUAACAAUAAGCUGUGUAAGCUGACUGACAUUGCAGAACUUGUGAACAAAGCCCCUAACCUGCAGUCCCUGAACCUGUCUCAUAAUGAGCUGAAGUCAGAGCAAGAGCUGGAUAAGGUGAAGGGGUUCAGGCUGGUGGAGCUCUGGUUGGACAGGAACCCUCUGUGUGAUGCCUUCAAAGAUCAGACCACAUACAUCAGUGCUGUUCGGGAGAGAUUUCCCAGGCUUCUCAGAUUGGACGGUCAUGUGCUUCCACCUCCAAUCUGCUUUGACGUGGAAACAGGCACAAACAUCCCUGCUUGCAAGGGCAGCCACUUUGUAUCGAAUGAAAUCCAGGGACUCAUUCAACAUUUUCUGCAACAUUAUUACUGUGUGUAUGACUCUGGGGACAGACAGCUGCUGCUGGAGGCAUAUCACGAUGAUGCCUGCUUCUCUCUCAGUCUGCCAUCCAUAAACCAUCUCUCUAGGUGCAGGUUAAAAAAUUAUCAUGAACACAGCCGCAACAUCAAGAACAUCAAAGAUUCCUCCGCUUGGUUCCACUUGCUAAAACGCUCCCGCCUGACUGUAGUCGCCUUCCUCAGUGAGCUCCCAAAGACCCAGCAUGACAUGAAUUCAGUCAAUGUUGAUGUCAACACUUACUCAAGGACUUUAUUAGUGUUCACAGUGAGUGGAGUGUUCAAAGAAGCUGAUGACAAAUUGAGAGACCGUGUCAAGGCUUUCUCCAGAGUCUUCAUCACAGUUCCAGCUCAGAAUUCUGGUCUGUGUAUUGUGAACGAUGAGCUCUUUGUGAGGAACGCCACCAGCGAGGAGAUACACUGUGCAUUUGCAGCACCAGCCCCCUCGAAUAGCCCAGUGCUGCCCACCCUCGCGGCAUCCCAGCAGGAAAUGCUCUCCGCUUUCUCCCAGAUGUCUGAAAUGAACCUGGAAUGGUCUCAAAAAUGUCUGCAGGAUAACGCAUGGGAUUUUCACCGAGCUGCUCAGAUUUUCACAGAACUCAAGGCUCAAGGAAAGAUCCCAGAAGCUGCUUUCAUAAAAUGAAAACAACAAACAUACAGAAAUGCAUAUGUAUGUACAUAGUUUUAUUUGUUGUUUAGCAGGCAUUUAAUUAUGAUGUUAAACGGAAAUGAAACAAACUUGUUUUAUAUUAUAGUUUUAUUUUGAGUUUUUUUCUUUCUUAAAAGGGUUAUACCUCAGGUUUAUGCUUGAAUAAAUUACAGCACUGUUCCUGCAUUAAUUUUAAAAGCACUUUUUCUGUUUUAAUUGUGAUGUCUGAAGUAUGUGCUGAGCUUUUUUUGGUGUUGUGUUAAAUGUGAUAUUUUCACGGCAAUAAAGUUGGUUUACGCCGCAAGAUCAAGAAAUCAAUAUGAAACACUAAAGUC